CUCUAGUAAUGACAGUUGCUCAGCCGCCAUUUUGUUUUUCCCGACCGAAAAAUGACUGAGCAAUAAAAUUUAGGGGUAAAUGAGUCAGUAGUGUGCUGGGCUUAAAGCUUUGUGCAUUGUGAAAGUUGAACUAAUAUUACGAAACAUUUUCCACUUUGUGUGAAUGAACAAUACCCAGCCAAAGCGAGAGGAAGGUUGCAAACGUUGAAUCAUUUCUUUGUAAAUCUGGGACUAGCCACAUCAUGUGCAGUUCAUUGUUGCAAAAUCAUUGUAGGACUGCUCAUUUCAUAGAGUUUGUGAAAAGUGGUGCAAUAGAUAGCAUAGUCGACUGCAUUAUAAAAGGGAAAAGCUCCUGAUUACGAACAAGUUAUAAACAACUGUGCAGCAGCUAGCUGUGGUGUGUGAUCGCACACCUGUUUCGAACGUGGUGGUUGUUCAUCAAAUCGGAUUUCCUGGAUUGAAGUACCAGUUGAUUUAAGCGGAGAAUCGCAACUUGCCCAAAUCGAAUUAUUUUCCUGAACAUCAAGGUUCACAACCUUACAAUCAGUCGACCUAAUCUUCAUUAAUCGGCGGUUUAAGUUUUCAGUUUGAAGCAAUCCACGAGGUCAUCAAAAUGCCACGAAAUCGUAAAAAACAUACAGCUGACACCUGGCAGGCAGAGCAAUCUGAUGACGACACCUCUAAUGACAAUGCGAGCACGUACUCAUGCCACUCAGAGCACGAUCUUCUGAAUGGAAGUCAGGAAUCAGGAGAUUCAGUUGAACCUGAGGGAUUUGAAAAGCACGAAGAGAAGUUGCUCCAAGCUAUCGAGAAUACGACGGACAAAUCCCAGCAGACACGAAUUUCUGCGUUCCAAAUCAUAAAUGAGGUGCUUGUUCAUCAUUACAUCCCCGACUUCAUUGAUGAACGCAAAGUUACAUUGAUGGAUGCGGUGGAAAAGUCAAUACGACGAGGUAAAGGAACCGAGCAAUCAUGGGCCGCCAAAAUGAUCCCAUUGCUAGUGAUCCAGAUCGAGAAUGCCGAAGACAUCAGCGAAUGUGUUGGCACGUUGAAACCUGUUUUAUUGAAUACUUUACAAGACGGGGCAGCCUCUUACGACGCACGGGCGAAAUGUUGCUCGGCUCUGGGUUUGCUUUGUUUUGUUGGUGUAGAUGAUCUAGGCGAAAUCGUACCAGUUAUGAAAGUGUUUCAAAGCAUCUUUGCCGGCAGUUAUCUGAAAGGAAAUAACAGUUUAAGUGGGGCCAGUGCUGAAGCGGCGACAUUGCACAGCGCCGCGUUGAGUGCCUGGGCACUGCUGCUAACCGUACUACCGCCGUCAGAUUUCGUUGCUAUGGUCUAUGAAAACAGUACAGUUCUCCCUUCUGUCCGUAACAUCUUUGGCAUGCUAAAUAGCCCUCAUUUGGACGUGCGAAUGGCCGCAGGAGAGACUUUGGCGCUCAUAUUCGAAGUUGGACGUCAGCAUGAUGAUGAAUUUCUGGAAGACCUUCUGCCGGAUCUUGUUGAAGCAACACAGAAGCUAGCUACCGAUGCACACAAAUAUCGUGCCAAAAGAGAUCGCAAAAUGCAGCGUGCUACGUUCCGCGAUGUCUUGCGGUAUGUAGAAGAAAAUAUUUCGCCUGAAAUCGUCAUAAAAUUCGGCCGGGAAAUGUUAGUGCUAGACACUUGGGCAUUUCAUCAUCAAUACACUUGCUUACGAAAUGCGCUUGGCUUCGGUAUGAAUGUGCAUCUUAGUGAGAACAUGUUCAUACGGGAAGUUUUUCAGUUAGGAGCAAAGUUGAAUGAACCAGAGCGUUUUCGAAAAACAAUUAAAGCCGAGCAAAAAUUCAUUAAUGCGGCAGCCUUCAAGGCACGUACGAUUUCUAGAGGCAAAAAUCGUGACAAACGUUCGUAUGCAGUGAACUGAACUCCCAAAACAUCGAUCAGUAAUAUGGUUCAAGUAAACUUAGCAUAACAAACUAAAAGAAAAUGAAUAUGAAAAAAAAUCUUUAUAUUAUCCCUUUUCACGCUCUUCGUUCUGCGCCAUCAUUUACUACACCCAAAUGGCAUCUUACAUUUUUUUUGGCGAUAAUUUUCAGACUUUUUCUAUGGUGUUCUCUAAAAAUUUUAUUCCCAUAAUUAUUCUCUUCGUUUCAUACAGUGAGUAGCAAUCGGAACAAUGGUUUAUAAAAUAUAUCUUCUAAGGACUCUUGACUUUCUUGUGUAAAAGCAUCUUUUUCUCAAACACCGGCUGGUUGUAAUUAUUGAAAUUAUUAUUUCUUUUAAAACAUUGAUACAACAACUCUUCGUUCUCUCUGUUUCCAUCGUGCUGGAACCAGGUUGUAAUUUUCAGUGAUGCUUGAGUUUAAGAUUCCCUAGUUAAUUUUUACCCCCAAUCCCGUUGAUAGAGUAUUCGGAAACGCUCGUCGUUGUCACGCAGCUGGUCUGUGUUCGAUUCCCGUGACUGCCGUGACAGGGGUGUUGGCACUGGACCCAACAACCCCUUCCGUAAAAACACAACGUUACAGUAAGCCAGAUUAAAAUUGUCGCUGUUGCAGGUCAAGGUUGCUCGGCUGUUGUAAUUGGGGGAUAAGAAGAAGAAUCACUUAUCACGGCAGAUGGCCAAAGAAGCUACUUUUUACAGUUGCACUAGCCGACCCCGCCAGCUUUAUUCGGCCCAAGGGAUAUUUUCGGAAAUAAUAGCAAACGUUCAUUACACUCAAACAGUUAUUCUUCUAUCGAACAUGGUUGAAUCAUUUCUACGUUGUAGUGCCGGCUACGUUAUAGCGUUCCCUGUUCCUCUAGUUAUUCAAAUUCAAACUUGGCAGACGACUUUUUUUUGUACUGUCAACUGGCUGUUGAAUUUGGCAACAUACCAGAUUCUUCGGUCUGCAACGUACGAUGUGCGAUCCAUACCAUUAGGUCAGUGCGGUCAGUGGAGAACGGUGGUUUAUUUUGGUUUUGCAGCGUUUUCAGACUAUUUAUGAAUUGAAACUGUUGAAUAGAGGAAUUUAAAAUGGCAUCAUUAAUCAUAAAAUAUGCGUGUACCAUAUGUAAUCUGUUUAUUCAGGCGAAAUAAAUAAAUUCGUAAUAUUAU